AUGAUGAAAGAAAAACGAAGCUCAGCUACAAACAGCUACAAAUCCUGGCUCAGCUUCAAAUCCCAUCUGACUGAUGCGUCUGAGCACAAAUCCUCCGAACGCGCCAAUGCCACCGUCUCUCCAGUCAAGUCCACGGUAUUCUCUACUUCUUCUAGGUUCCUGGAUGACGAUGAGUAUGAGCGUCCUACGGCGGAAGAAGAGAACAUUUUGCGUCGCGUGUCGGGCAAGGUUCCCUGGGUUGCCUACACGAUUGCGUUUGUGGAAUUGUGUGAGAGAUUCUCGUUUUUUGGAACUGCCGCUGUUUUCGUCAAUUACAUUCAGCAGCCUCUGCCCGAAGGUUCGACGACCGGUGCUGAUGGUUCUGGCCAACCUGGUGCUUUGAAUAUGGGACAACAAGCUGCGACUGGUCUUACAACCUUCAAUACGUUCUGGUGCUACGUGACUCCUCUGGUGGGCGCCUGGAUUGGCGAUGAGUUCCUUGGACGACUCAAGACCAUCCAGCUCUCGAUUGUUUUUGCGUUCUUGGGUCAUAUCAUCUUGAUUAUCUCUGCGUUGCCGUCGGUCAUUACACACCCCCAGGGCGCUCUGGGAUGUUUCUCCGUGGGUCUGGUUAUUUUCGGUAUUGGCGUUGGAGGCUUCAAGUCAAACAUCUCUCCUCUAAUCGCAGAGCAAUACAAAGAAACACGUCCCUAUGUCAGAACCCUCGCCAAAACCGGCGAACGCGUGAUCAUCGACCCAGGCCAGACCAUAUCGCGUAUCUUCAUGUACUUCUACUGCAUGAUCAACGUCGGUGCCCUGGUGGGUUCCAUCUCCAUGGUCUACGCGGAGCGAUACGUCGGGUUCUGGCUGGCGUUCUUGAUCCCCACGCUCAUGUUCGGGUUCUGUCCGCUUGUGUUGUACGUCUGCCGGAAUAAGUAUUCGGUUACGCCGCCUACGGGAUCUGUGUUGGGAAAGGCUUGUAAGUUGUGGUGGCUUGCGCUGAGGAAGAAGUGGUCGUGGAAUCCGAGGACGCUUGUCCGCAACUGCAGGUCUCGUGCGUUCUGGGAGGAUACGAAACCGAGCAAGAUUGACCACAGGCCCGAAUGGAUGACUUUCGAUGACCUGUGGGUUGAUGAGGUCCGUCGUGUCGUCAAAGCUUGUGUGAUCUUCCUCUGGUAUCCGCUUUACUGGCUUACCUACAGCCAGAUGACCAACAACCUCACCUCGCAAGCCGCCACAAUGCAGCUCCACGGCGCCCCCAACGACAUCAUCCUCAACCUUAACCCCCUCGCCCUAAUCAUCUUCAUCCCCAUCAUGGACCACCUCGUCUACCCGGGUCUCCGCCGCAUGGGCAUCAAAUUCACCCCUCUCAAACGUAUCUACACCGGCUUCAUUCUCGCCUCCUUGUCCAUGGUCGCUGCGACGGUCACCCAACAUUACAUCUACAAGACCAGUCCAUGCGGCGACCACCCGAGCGCGUGCAAGGAACCGGCCCCGAUUAACGUGUGGGUGCAGGCGGUGCCGUACAUCUUAGUUGCGAUCUCGGAGAUUCUGGCGUCGAUUACGGGGUAUGAGUAUGCGUACACCAAGGCUCCGAAGAACAUGAAGAGUUUGGUGCAAUCGCUCUUCCUCUUUAUGAACGCUAUCUCGUCUGCCAUCCAGCAGGGUCUGACUGCUCUCUCGACUGAUCCACUCCUCGUCUGGAACUAUGGUUUUGUUGCGAUUCUGGCUUUUAUUGGCGGGAACCUGUUUUACAUUUCGCACCGCAAUCUCGAUAAGGAGGAGGAUGAGCUUAACAAUAUCCAGGCUUCCUGCUUUGUGGGUGAUACUAGGAAGAAAGAUGAGGAGAGUCAGGCGGUCCUCGAUUAUGAGUAUGAUACUGGAAGUUACAGACAUGCGGGAUUUGAUAGCGAGACCGAGUCUAUUGAGCUUGGAAACCGCAGGGUGAGGCACUGA